AUUUCCUCCCCCUCCGACCCCCUUCAUCUUCCCCCCGACGUCGAUUUUGUUCCCGCCAUUGGUCGUCGGAUCCUUGUGAUCAAUCAAUUGGUCACAUUCCCCAUCCUCUGAUUCUCGUCAUUGGAGUCGGUUCACGGCAGAAAUGACUUGAGAAUGCAAGGUCUUUGGUCCCGCGCCGCUCCGGCGCAAUCCACCUGCCGCUGCGUCUCUUGCUUAAGUACCGUCUCCAAUGGGGUGGCCUCGAGAGGUACUUCGGCUGCCAGCAAGAAACGCCUCCGGCUCGGAAACUCGGUAACAGCACUAUACACCAGCAUCUUCGCCGCCGCUGCUUUGGCAGACGCCCAGGCCAAGGGCCAGCGCCGUCACGAAUGGGAGGAAAAGAUUGCUGCCGUCAAGGAAGAGGUCAUUGAGCUGGUGGAUGAGGAACAGCGUCUGGUGGAGGCUCUAAUGUCGCGUCGGAAGCAGGGAUUUCUCAAUGGAACGAUACAGACCAGACAGUUCAGCACAGCGACUCGCCCGGCACCUAUGAGAUACCAAUGGCCCAGGAGGAACGCACCGUUUGCAUCGUUCCACUCAACGACUGCCUUUGCGAAUGAGAGGGAUAAUCAGAUAAUCCGUGAUCUGGUCGCAGAGAGCGAGGAUCCGCUGGCCGAGGACGCGAAUGAGGACUAUGGCCUUUCGCUGGAGGAUGACGAUACGCCCACAUGGCUUACUGGUGAUGUGGUCCGCCAGAAGGUCAUCCGGAAGCUUGCGCUCAAGCAGCUAGCCAUUAGACUUCUGUUGCGGCCGGCAAUUGCUCACAGCUACCACGGGGUUCAGAUGAACUACAGUGCCGACUUCUCGAUACCCCAAUUGAGAGUGCCGCAGUUGCUAGCGGAACUGAACAGCCUUCGGCGCAGAAUGCGCCAGGUGAAGGGCUCGGAGAAGGCUAAUAUUGAUGAUUUAGCCAAGGACCUUCGUGUGCACUCGAUACGACAUAUGACGGAAGAGCGGAAUCGGCUCGAUCGGGACGUCCAGCGUGAUACCGAAAUCUAUAUGCGGAAUGAGAUGCCCUUGCAGGAACUACUCCUCCGGCUAGCCAACAACCUGAUGCAGUGCACGGAUCCAGACCGGCCAGAAGUCUUAAAGAAGAUGAUUCUUGCGUUCACCAAAACCCGUCAGAACGAUCUCUGUGAUUUGAUCUUGAAGACCAUCCUUCCGCACAAGUUCCCGCUCAGUGCCUCUCUUAUCCUCACGAUCCUUACCUUCUUCCGCAAAUCCAAGAACCUCAUGGGUUUCGACAUCUUCCUGGAGAUGUUGAACGGACACGGCUAUCCGGUAGACAUGAAUGGCUUGGGUCUGUAUCAGCGCCAGGUGGUCAAUGGAGUUGAGAUCGUCGUCCCACCAGUGGAUUCGGCGAACCCUGUCAUCUACGCCACCCUUAUUGUGUCUUGUCUGCGCUUCGAUCAGCCGGAUCGUGCCGAUGCAUACCUCCUAGCUGCGAGAUCCGCAGGGCAUAUGGACGACUUUGCAAUUCUCAACUCUUACUUGCGGUUCUGUGCUAUCCGCACCGACUGGGAAAAGGGAGUGCAGACCCUGAAAAGAACUCUGGCGUUCAUGGUCUCUUCAACAGAACACCAGCUCUUCCGCCUUGAACGACUCAUCGUGCUAAUGGUACACAUGUGCGAUGCCUGCGAGCAAUACGACAUGUCCGAAGCCAUCAUCACAUCGGCCAUGAACAGCGGUUUCAAUUGGGAAGCAGCCAGCAAGCAACUGGACAUCAUGUCUUCCCACGACCCCCACCACAAGAGAUGGUCUUCGGCAGCGGAGGCCGCACCAAAGGACAUGCAAGAUAAGCUCGCAUGGGAGAAAGCCUACGCCUUCGUGAACGUCAUGAACGAGCGUCUGAGCGCCUACGAGGGCAAAUCGCCCUCCAAAAAGUGGCAAGACAUGAUAGAGCUCUACUCGCAGCAGGUCCUAGACGCCAUGCUCGCCGGAUCCCCAGCGUCAGCCAACGCCCCUAAAGUUCCCGAGCAAGUCUUCGAAGACAAGGACCGCCAGAGCCUGCUCCAAGAAAUCAGCAAACAAGUCGAAAAAGCCAAGAAGGAGAACGAGUCCACAGCCGCAGCCCAAGAACAAGAGAUCACCUCCCUGAAAGCCGAAAUCUCACAACUCAAACAAAUGGUCUUCGACCUCCACCAGACCCGCAAACAGGAGUCCACUAUACCGUCGCCCCCUCCUUCUCCCCCUCGCUCUACCCACCACCAAGACCACCUCCUCCGUCGAAAACACGAACACAUUGCUCCUGCGCCGGAACUCGAAUCUUCCUUCAACAAAGUCAGUAUUCGAUACAUGAAGUCGUAGACUCAGUCACCUCAGCCCCUUGAGGCACUCUACGCUACUUUCUGUGCAACGAACAAUUGCGUUCCUCAGAGCACCCUCUCAUCCGCCCCUUUUUCUUCCCCCUCCCCCAGCUCAAAAUCCAGAUGGAACGUACUCCCUCCGUAUACCCAUCCCAUCCUAUCCUAUCCUAUACUACCUUAUACCACUCAUGUACGGUGAAAGUGUCGAUGAUAAGCUCGCCAAUUUCUGGCCAGCAUUGGGAUUGCUUUGGAUGUUUUUUAUAUCCCUAGGUAGUCGAGUCAUGCUACCCGGGACAUUUUGUACAGUAUUCAUACUAUAGCUUGUACUUUUUUCUUUAUUAUAUUUUUUUGUGACGAUAAAUAAGGGUUAGAAUCGAGCGUUGGGUUUCUAUUCCCUUGAAUUGGUAUUAUCCGGUCCAGAGUAUUGAAUAG